GGCUUACAUAACCCGAAAUUUCAACGUCACGGCCACCCCUACCUACACGCGAAAGAGCUUCCUACAAGGCAUUCCAUACAACAAUCCUUCCACGAAAAGCAGCGUAAGCUGUAUUUUGAGCUGACAUUACGCCUAUAUUGGCUUUUUUUUCUUCUUGGUUGUCAGGAUGGGGUGGUACGAAAGGAUAUUCGGGGGCAAGGCGGCCGACCCAUUAGAAAAGCUCGAUCCCAAGCUCCGCGAGUUCCUCGACAAGGAGUCGCCCGUCAAGCUGCAAAAGGCCCAAGAAGAAAAGCAGAGGAGAGAACAGCAACAGAAACAGGCAGAUGUGAAAGCUGCCGCAGCUGCCGUACAAAAGACUGAAUCUCAUUCUUCCUCUUCAACAUCAGCAGACAAAGCCAGUGGGGUCCCCAAGGAGUCCCUGUACCAGGACGGGCGGUACGCUCACCUGUGGAAGAACUACCGACCGCUGUCCGAGAUUGAGGGCGAGAGCAAGACCGAUCACGAGAAGCUUCAGGAUGUCCUGGAGGCCUACAAGUCGCGCAAGGAGCAGAUUGGGCGCGCGGCACUGGAGAACUGCGCCCUGGAGCAGUUUGAGUGGCGCGACUGCAUGAACAAUGGCAGCUGGGAGGCUAAGUUGACCAUGUGCAGCAAGCAGGUAAAAAAGUUUGAGAGGUGCUACUCAAUGCAGGCUAGGCUAUUGAAGACCCUGGGAUACCUUUCAACCUACGAAAGGCCGCCGUCGGUCGAUGAAGAUAUCCAGAUGCAUGCAGACGCCCUCUACCACCGCAUGAUUGAGCAGGAGGAGGCAAUAGAGAAGGCCAAGGCGGAGAAGAAGCCUCUCCCGCAGUUUGCUCCCUUGCUCAUCAAACCGAUCAUCGCGGCGGAGGACGAAAAGUUUCAACUUUCCCAGGAGCAACGCAAGGAAAUGAACCAAAGACUGGCCAAGAUCCCAGAGGCGGAGCGGGCCAUGGAGGAGGAGGCCAUCAAGGCCGAGUACAGGGCAAAGGCCGAGGUCGGCCACAAGAUCCAGGAUUUAUGGAAGGAGAAUGAAAAGGACAGGGAGAAGAGGAAGAAGGAAGGCCAGGAGACUGUUCUGGACAAGGUCUCUGGCAUGUGGAAAGGAAGCGGCGGCAACGAUAAAUGAGCCCAUCUGUCGGCUUAUUAUGUUGUUUAACGCUUGCUCAUCACCGCUGGGGCUGCCAGAGGUGUGUAAUAUUUGUAAAUAAGUGUACAGCCAUGAGGACUACGAGACUAAAAAAUGUACAGGACUGUAAAACGCG